AUGACUCUAAAGAAAAUAUAUAUUUUAAUUGUUUUAAUUUUAUUUAAUAUUGCUUCCUUGACUGUAGAAUCAGGGUGAUCUAGGAAGUUACAUAUUAAAUUACCAAAUAAAGAUGAUGAUUAUUUAGCUAAAUUAAUUGACAUUUUUAAGGAUAUAUGCAGCUACACUGUAAAAAAUAAAAAAACAAUUCAAAAAAUUAUAAUAGGAUCAUUAAUAUCAGCAUAUUCAGUAAAUUCAUUGUAUAAUUCAGGAGUUACAUUCAAAAAAAACCCACAUUAUUCUUUUUUUAUUCCAUCAAGCAAAUAUUUAAAAAAUGUAUUUAAAAUUAUAAAGAAAAAUUAUGAAAUAAAGAUGGAUAAAUUUGUCCAACAAAAAAUAUUUGAAAAAUAUUUUACCAAUGUUAAUAACUUAAAAAUUAUGGAAAUGUAUAUAGUGAAUAAUUUAAUGAACUUUACAUAUUAUUUACCUGAAAAAAUAAAGAAGGAAAAGUUUUACAAUUUUUUAAAAUACAAGGAAUUUGAAAAUUUUGAAAGCUUAUUUAGUCAUGUAAAGAUAUUAAAGCAUGAACAAAUUUUUAUUUUUCAUGGAAAAUUAAAAAAACAUUUUUGGAUACAUCUUCCUUUAAAAUACAAAAUAUUGAAAGCUGAUAAUGAUACAUAUACUUUAAUUUUUAUACCAUUAUACAAAUAUUACUCUAAUUACAUUAUUGAAAUAAAAAUACAAAAAGAAAAUAAUAAUGUAAAAUUUGCAACAUUUAUCAAAAGGAAUGAAAAUGGUAAAAAGACAGACUUAUUUUAUAUAAAUGUAAUAAAAAAUAUUGCUUCAUACUUAACAUAUGAUAUCUUUGAUGGAAUGGAUAAUAAUAUUAAGGUAUACUAUAAAAGAAACAACAAAUUUGGCAAAUUGAAUUUCAUUAAUUCAAAAAGAAUAUUAAAAAAAGAUAAAUUCAAAAUGAAAUUCAUCCUCCCUUCUUUUAAAUCGUUUAAUUUUAAAAUUAAACAAAAAUAA